AUGGGCGGGGUGGGAGGCGGUCGCGGACAGGAGGUGACUGUGCAGUGGGCGGGGCGAGGGGCGGGGCGAGAAGCCGCUUUUGCGCCGAGGGUUGCCUUGCGUUGUAGGGUUCUGCCCGAGGUGACCGAGGAUGUGACUGGCCCGGCCGGCGGCGGCCAGCGGAGGAUGUUCUCCCUCCUGGGCGCGACGACCCUGAUGCUGGUUGCUGGAGCGCCGUGGACUUUGCCCGCAGCCGCAGGGGGAACAAACCUAAAAUCUCCUGAAAAUGUAGAGGUCCACAUCAUUGAUGACACCUUCACCCUGAGGUGGAAUGGGAGCGAUCCAGCUGGCGGGAACGUGACUUUCUCAGCAGAUUAUCAAGUACCCAGAAAUGAUACUUGGCUAAAAUUGCCUGGGUGUCAAUCUGUUACUAGUACCAAAUGCAACUUUUCUUCACUCAAGCUAAAUGUUUACGAAAAAGUCAAAUUGCGUGUAAGAGCAGAAAAAGGAAACGAGACUUCUCCAUGGCAUAACGUUGACGCAUUCGCCCCAUUUGAAAAAGCUCAAAUUGGUCCUCCAAAAGUACAUUUAGAAGCCGAAGAUAAGGCAAUAAAAAUAAACAUCUCCCCACCUGGAGCAAAAGAUGGUGUCAUGUGGGCUCUGGAUAGCUCGAGUUUUACAUACAGCUUAGAUAUCUGGAAAAACUCUUCAAGUGCCGAAAUAAAGACUAAAACUGUUUAUCCCAGAGACAAAAUUUAUAAACUCUCACCAGAGACGACUUACUGUUUAAAAGUUAAAGCAAGACUUCUGCCGAGAAAAAUUGGUGCCUAUAGUCCAGUGUAUUGUAUAAAGACCACAGUUGAAAAUAAGCUGCCUCCACCAGAAAACGUUCGAAUUGAUGCUGUAAAUGACAUCUGUGUUCUUAAGUGGGAUUACGCAUCUGAAAACAUGACUUUUCAAGCUCAGUGGCUCCAUGCCUAUUUUAAAAAGAUUCCUGGGAACAACUCAGGUAAAUGGAAACAAAUGCCAGGCUGUGAAAAUGUCAAAACUACCCAGUGUGUCAUUCCUCAAAAUACUUUCCAGAAAGGAAUUUACCUUAUCCGUGUUCAAGCAUCUGAUGGAAAUAUCACAUCUGUUUGGUCUAAAGAAAAAAGAUUUGAUGCUCAAUUACAAAGUGUCCUCGUUCCUCCAACCAUUAAUGUGAAACCCACGAAUGAUGUUUCCCUGCGGGUCUUUAUCGGCGCUCCAGAAGAGUCUGAAAACAAGUCUGUGAACCAGCAUUACUCACUAAUUUAUGAAAUCAUAUUUUGGGAAAACACUUCAAAUGCUGAGAGAAAAACUCUAGAGAAAAGAACUGACUUUACUUUUCCUAACUUGAAACCACUGACUGUAUAUUGUGUCAAAGCCAGAGCACUCACUGAGAAUGAAAGGUGGAAUAAGAGCAGCGUUUUUAGUGAUCCUGUGUGCGAGAAAACAAAACCAGGAAGUACUUCCAAAACGUGGCUCAUAGCCGGGAUUUGUGCUGCCUUAUUGUCCAUCCCGGUCGUCACUUACGUUCUGAAACUGUUCCUGCGAUGUGUCCGUUAUGUGUUCUUCCCAUCAAGUACACCUCCUUCCACGAUAGAUGAGUAUUUCUCUGAGCCGCCACUCCGGAACCUCCUCCUUUUCACUUCUGAAGAGCAAACUGAAAGGUGUUUUAUAAUCGAAAAUACAAACAUUAUCACCGCAGUAGAAGAAACUGAGCAAAUCGGUGAAGAUCACAAAAAAUACAAUUCCCAAACCAGUCAAGAUUCGGGAAAUUACUCGAACGAAGACGACAGCAACGACAGCAAAAGCGGCGAAGACUUCCCGCAACAGGAAGCCGAGUGACCGGAAGCGAGCGCUACACCCUCCGGAAGUUGCGUGGGAGGCACGCCGGAAGUGCGAGCUGCGCCGCUUGGUCCCUCCGCUCCGGCUUGCUGGGGAAGGAAAACAUCUCCGGGUCGUAGGUCCUAAAAUACAGGCAAGCACGUGACAGCGGUAUUUGCAAACGGAAGAACACAGAUCGGGACACACGUUCUCCGUAUUCUUUCCCACGUGUGGAGCCGUGACCGAGGGUGGUUAAUUGUGUUCCCGUCGGGUAACACGGUCACCGUGCUGCCUGUGGCCGCGCGUCACCCAUUCGUUCGCCAUCCUCCAUUCCCAGUGUGAUAGUUAAGGAUUUUUCCGGGAGCAGUUAGACACUCUUGUAGGCCCUUGGGAAAUUUCCUCAGAAAAGCCGGGUUCCGUUACCACUGGUUUUCUGGAAAACAGCUUAGUCCAGAAAACAUCUGCAGAUGCCAGGAAUGGGAUCCGUAACAUUUUCAGGGGACUUCUCUCCGGGUAUCCCCGAAACACUGGCUCUACAUCACAGUUACCUCUCCCUUCUGUGGUUGAGGCUUCAAAACAGGUAAUCUUUUGCUAGACAUUAACACUUCCCGAUUCAGAACUUAAUUCACAACUUAGUAGAACAGUAGCUUCUGAAUUCGCAGCCACCGAAGUUACAGAGAAAGGGCAAACUGUCUAGAGAAGUUAGGAUUUUUUUUAGCAGAAGGAAGUAUGUAGAGGUGAGCCAGGUGUAUGCAGGAAGGCUUGAGACCAGAAUUUGCUACCGAUAGAGUACGAGGUAGAAGAUAAUUCAGUAGGAGGAAAGCAGGUGACUUUAAUGUAAAAUAAGAGUAAUGUGUCUAAUCAACUUUUAAUUAUUAACGUGCCGUGUGGUCGCUUGUUGCUAGGCUCAUGUGCCUUUUUUUUUUUUCCUUUCUCAGUUUUAUUGAGAUGUAAUUGACCUGUAACUUACCUGUGUCGUGUCUCAAACCCACCCAGCUUCUCUGUGUCGUGUGGCUGUGUUCAGGCAUCCCUUCUGUUUCGUUUACGUGUGCUC